AUGGACGGGCUUAUGCCACUUUGGCUCGACUACACCCACUCAACUCGCCACUCCGUCUCUUCCUCCACAGUCUCCUGCUCCGGUGCCAAAAUGGUCGCAACCUGUCCAACCCAGUCGCACAUUUCGCGAUAUCUUUGUUCUGAGAUCGUCCGACUGACCGGGCCCCAUUUUAAUGUCAGCAAACUGACGACUAUUUUGGAGAUUAAUCGAACAAUCUACCAAGUGAUAAUAAUUAACAGCAGGCCAUGA